UAAAAAAAAACUCAUACGGACAAUUGAAAACGAAACGUAUAUGAAAUGAUUUUUUAUUUAUACCAAAAAUAACUUAAUUGUCGGCAAAUAGGAAUAAAACACGUGUCAGUAUAGGGAGUGUUUGUCGUUUUUCAGCUGACACCGCCAUACUCCCCCUCACUUCCUUCAUUUUUGCUUUAUAGCUUCUCUUCAUAAAACCUCCAAAAACCCUAAAAGACCACAGAGAGAGAAAGAGAGAGAUCUCAAAAAGCAAAAAAAAAAAAAACUAAAAAGCCUCCGAAAUCUUCAGCCGCCGAAUCAUCAUGCCUAUCACGCACAUCGCUCCGGCGCCUCACCCUCGCGAUGGGUAUUACUCUACGAACAAUCCGUACCAAGUGAACGGACCAAAAGGUUUUACUGAGUUCAAGUAUCUGGAAGAGACCCAUGAUCUGUUCGUGAGGCUUGAUUUCCCAGGAAUCAAGAAAGAGAGUGUGAUUAUCCUUCUCGAACCAUUGAAAAAAGCUGUUAUUGUGACCGGAGACGCACCUAAAGAGAGCAAACACGAUUCUUCUCACCGCAAGUAUGGAACCGCCACGGGACUAAUCUGUGACUGCUGUGAAAUCAGUAACAUUCAGUGUUUUGUUGGUGAUGGUGUCGUUAGACUCAUCCUCUCCAAGAAGAAGAUCAAUCUUCGCGUUCCUAAUUUCUGUUCUUUCGGAGGUGCAAGAAUGCCUACUGAUGCUCCUGCUAACAUCAUUCGUGGCUAUAACCCAGAAGAUCAGAGAUAUGUCUUAUCCUUUGAGCUUCUUUUAGAAACUAGCCUUCGUGAUUUAUAUAGUAUAGUACCUGACAUUUUUCAUGGGUUUGUGUUGAUUCCAAUUGUUGCAGUCGCAGGUGGCCAUCCUCUGGCUCAUCUUCGUGGACUUAACCGAGAAGGUUGCCGUGGCACUGACCCUUUUGAUCCAGCAUUCACUGGUCCGACCAUACUACCACACCCGUCAGUGUUGGAGGGAUCCACCAGUGCUUACGAGACAAAGCAGCUCUCAAACGGAGGUCUGUAUCUGCGUAUUGACAUGCCUGGUGUCCCUAGCGGCAGAUUCAUGGUGGCAGUGGACGGCGACGGUGUCGUCACCAUCAUGGGACGAGCUCCUGCGACCAUGCACGAUACGAAUGGGUAUUACACUAUGAACAAUCCGUACCAAGCGAACGGACCAAAAGGGUUUACUGAGUUCAAUCAAGAAAGAGAGUGUGAUUUCCCUCUCCAACCAUCCAAAAAAGCUGUUACUGUGACCGGAGAAGCACCUAAAGAGAGCAAGAACGAUGCUUCUCACCGCAAGUAUGGAACCUCCAUGGGACUACUCUGUGACUGCUGUGAAAUCAGUAACAUUCAGAGCUUUGUUGAUGAUGGUGUUGUUAGACUCAUCCUCUCCAAGAAGAAGAUCUAUCUUCAUGCUCCUACUUUCUGUUCUUUUGGAGGUGCAAGAAUGCCUACUGAUGAUGCUCCUGCUAACAUCAUUCGUGGUUAUAACCCACAAGUCGCAGAUGGCAAUCCUUAUGUGAAUCUUGGAGCUCAUCUUCGUGGACUUAUCCCAAAAGGUCGCCGUGGCACUGACCCUGCUGAUCCGGCGUUCACUGGUCCGGUCAUACUACCACACCCGUCAGUGUUGGAGGGACCCAUGAUGCCUUACGAGGCAAAGCAGCUCUCAAAGGGUGGUCUGUAUCUGCGUGUUGACAUGCCUGGUGUCCCUAGCGACAGGUUCAUGGUGGCAGUGGACGGCGACGGUGUCGUCACCAUCAUGGGACGAGCUCCUGCGACCAUGCACGACACGAGUGGGCGUACUUACGUAGCCAAGGUCGCUAAUGUCCCUAGAGGCUAUGACGGGGGUCGGAUCAAAUUGGUCCCCAAGCAUGGUGUCGUCCGUGUCACUAUCCCUCCCAACUAAUUAUUAAACCGCAUAUUCGCAUGGAAUUAAUUAGCAUGUUUAAAACAAUGGAGCAUCUAUCUGUUUGUCUUUUCUUUUGGAUUUCCGAAUGUUUCAAGAACUUUAAUAUGUGCCUAAUUAAGACGUUUCACUCGUAUGUUUAUGCAUGUUA